AUGGACCACAGUCAAAACAGCAGACCGGUUUCGCAGCUUAUCGCGGGCUUUGCCUCCCCCUCGACACCGUCGGGUUCCAGAAACAGCCUGCGCCACUCCAAUGGCAUGCGACAGUCAUCUCGCUUGAUGCAAUCUCAAGUGCAGUCCUAUCAGCCUGCUCAUGAUACCGAGAAAGAGGAACUACGCGUACAACUGAGUACUCUCAAAUAUGAACUGGAGAACGUCAAGCAGGAACGAGAACUUGAGGCCCUCCGGCACGAGAAAGAACUCCGAGAUCUACAACUGAAAGCCGAUGCGGACUUUAGAAAGGCCCAAACCGCCGAAGCUUCUAGUAACCGCGCCAACCAUAAAAGUGAUUCCUUGGCAAAAGAAUUGAAAGAGUUCCAAGAUCAAGCUUUGAAUGAGAAACUCGGAUUUGAAAGAAAAAUCAGGGGCCUUCAGGAUGAGAACCAGAACUUGCAAGAAGAGUUCAACGACAACCAAGCACAGCUCUCUGACCAAGAACGACAAUUCAAAUACCAGAUUAAUGAGCUGGAAACAGUCCGGGCAUCUUUGCAGAAGACCAUCGAGGAAUUCCAGACCGACUUACAGAAUGCCAGAACAUUGCAUGAAUCGACUCAGUCAAAAUUGACUCAACGUGAAGCCGAGGUUGCUGAGCUUGAAGCUGAGAAUAUUCGGUUGAAGGCCGAAGGAACCGACGCCGAGGCUCUCACGGUGCUCAAGAGAGAACUCUCCGAACAAGUGAACCACAUUCGGGAUCUGGAAACGGCAAACCGUGAUCAAACUGCUGAGUUACGCCAUCUUCGCAAAGUCUCCAAAAAUGUCGAGGUCGUGGAAGAGCAAAAGAAGUCCGUAGAAAACCAGCUCCAGCUGAUGAAGGGCGCUGAGGCUGAGCUUCAGACUCUUCAAAUUCAAAAACAGAUUUUGGAAGAUGAGCGUGCCUCCUGGGGCACUCUGCUACAGGACAAUGAUCAACCUGCAGAGUUUGACUCACCGGAUGCCAUCGUUCGGGCACUGGUUGAAAGUCGCAUCGAAAUUGCCACACUCACGGAUCGUCUUGGCAGUGUCGACGCUAAUAUCCUUGAGAAGGAUGAAGCUAUCAAGAGCCUCGAAAGCGCUAAAAUUGCCCUACGACAGGAACUUGAGAACCUCCGGGCAGCAGGAACAGCGUCUGUUGGAGGUCCGGGUGCCGCGGAUGUCAAAUUACGAGCUCGAUUGGAACGACAGCGCGCAUUGGCCGUGAAAGAAGUUGAAUACUUGCGUGAUCAAUUGAAAACCUUUGACGCCGAAGAGGUCACAAUGAACGGCGACCAGGUGCAAUUUGAUGAGCAAAAGUCCUUGCAAAUCACUCAACUUCAGAGCCUAGUCGAUGAAUAUCGCGUCGAAAUUCGGAAUCUUCACGACCAGCUGUCCAAGCAAGAGGAGCCGAAGCAGGAGCAGCCCAAACCACAGGGUAUCAAACGGCCUCUGUCUCCUGCCGACAGCGAAGCUGAAAGUGAGCGCCUCGCCGUUCUCAGCCGCAAAAACCGUAAACUCCAAGAAAGCAUGACGAAAUAUGAACAAGCCGCCACUCUCGCACGCCGGGAGCUCGAGGCUGCCAAGUCCCAGAUCAAAUCACUCAAGUCCAAGUCACGAACUCGCGUCCUUGAGCUGCGUGAUAAUCCGACAGCCCAGAUCGAGCAAAUCAAGAUGGCAACUCUGACCACUCUCCAGUCUGAGAACCGUGAUCUUCUCGCACAGCUGCGCGGCGAAAAGGUGAAUGCCAAGGUUGUUUCCGUCAAUGCCGUCGACAGCAUUAAACUCGAGAUGCAAAGUAUGGAGCGCGAUGUUGCAGACAAGGAGAAACGAAUGCGACGACUCAAAGAAAUUUGGACUGCGAAGUCGUCUGAGUUCCGUGAAGCUGUGGCCUCCCUUCUUGGUUUCAAGCUCGAUUUCCUCCCCAAUGGUCGAGUGCGUGUCACUUCCAUGUUCCACCUUUCCCCGGCAUACAGACAUGGUGACAGCGAUGCGCCAUCCGACUCCGGCCCUGGGAGCAUGGGCAACGGCGAAGAGAACUCCAUUGUGUUUGAUGGAGAGAAUGGUACGAUGAAGAUUUCGGGUGGUCCCAACAGUCUGUUUGCCAUGGAGAUUAAACCUCUGAUCAAAUUCUGGGUCGAGGAACGGAGGGAUAUUCCCUGUUUCCUAGCGGCCAUGACUUUGGACCUAUUCGAUAAGUCAACCCGUGCAGCCAGGACUUGA